GCGGGGCUCUACAUCCGGGAACUACCACUGAACCCUGACGUGACCCUGCAGGAUUGCAAACAUGGCGGAGUCCUCCCUCGGGAAUUCGAGCCCAGGAGGUUCGGCAGGUUCCGAUGACCAUGAUUUCGACCCAUCAGCAGAUAUGCUUGUUCAUGACUUCGAUGACGAACGCACCCUGGAGGAAGAGGAAAUGCUGGAGGCAUCAGAUGAGACCAACGCCAACGAGAUUGAAGAUCUUGCACGGGAAGGAGAGAUGCCCAUUCAUGAGCUGCUGAAUCUGUAUGGUUAUGGCGGUGGUUCACCAGCAGAUGAGGAUGAAGAGGAAGAGGAAGAACCUGAGGAGGAAGAGGAUGAUGAAGAAGAGGAUGAGGAAGAGGACCUAGACAAUGAUGAAAGCAGUAGAAGCACUGGCGAGUUGAAAAGAAAUGAGGGUGAGGGUGUUAAGAACUCAUCAGGACAGGAAGAUGAGGCCCAGGCAACGUCUGAGGGCCGCACACGCUCUGUCAGGUCCCUUGGCACAGCAGAACUUAUUCGCCCCCAAAAACUCAAGUACUUUGAAAGUAAUAAUGAUGCAGAGGAGGAGUCGGAUGAAGAUGAGGACUAUGUUCCAUCUGAGGACUGGAAGAAGGAAAUCAUGGUGGGCUCCAUGUAUCAAGCAGAAACUCCUGUUGGCCUGUGUAAAUAUAAAGACAAUGAAAAAGUUUAUGAAAAUGAUGACCAGUUGUUGUGGAACCCGGAGUGUCUUCCUGAAGGCAAAGUGGUGGAGUUCUUGACGGAGGCGUCAAGGCGGACGGGAGAGGAGAAGGGUGUGGAUGCCAUCCCAGAGGGAUCACAUAUCAAAGAUAAUGAACAGGCAUUAUAUGAACUGGUGAAAUGUGACUUUGAUACAGAAGAAGCUUUAAGAAGACUUAGGUUUAAUGUAAAAGCAGCCAGAGAGGAGCUUUCUGUCUGGACUGAAGAGGAAUGUAGAAAUUUUGAACAAGGACUAAAAGCUUAUGGCAAAGACUUUCAUUUAAUACAGGCCAACAAGGUGAGAACUAGGUCUGUAGGAGAAUGUGUGGCCUUUUAUUACAUGUGGAAGAAGUCUGAGCGUUAUGAUUUCUUUGCACAGCAAACCAGACUUGGGAAAAGGAAAUACAACCUUCACCCUGGUGUCACAGACUACAUGGACAGAUUACUGGACGAGACAGAGAGCGCGACAUCCAGCCGAGCGGCGUCACCUCCUCCCACCACCUCCAGCAGCAGCGCCAGCCAUUCGGAGAGGGAAGACAGCAGCAGUCAAAACGGUAUUGCAAGCCACAACUCAAGCCACCCGGUGGAUGGCACUCAUUUGCCCCCAGUGAAUCAAGUCAAACCUGAGUCAGUUCAGUCCAAUGGUCCCUCCCAUCCGGUAGUGGAAGCUCCUAUUCCCAUUUCGGACAACAACUCCAACGGCUGCAGCGAACCCAGUGCGCCCAGCCACGACCGAAAUGGUUCUCUGGAGCCUCCGCUGGACCACAGAGACACAGCAACAGCACAUGAAAGGCCGGCCAAGAGAUGCAGGACGGAGGCCGAACCAUUGGGCCAAAGUGAGGUUGAACCAUCCAGAGCACAGGAGAACUGAAGCAUCCAGAGCUUGUGAUGUUGACUAAGAGACGCUCAGUUGGGGUGAAAAAAUUGGCCCCACUUCCCAGCUUAUGGGCAGAGGUAAGGGGUGAUGAGCCAGGUGAACCCCUCUUGGCCCAUGAGCGCAGUGUCUCCUGAGAGCAAAGACUCACUCUUUAACAAGGUCAAAGGUCACUGAAAGUCACACCUUGAAUAACACAGCCAACCAAACUGCAGCUAGUCCUCUAGGAGGGGCAGUGGGCCCCCCGUGUCCCCGUCCCUCCAUCCCAUCCAUGUACGGACUGCCUGCAAAGCUCAUCCCAAAGUACCACAGCUCCAUCGUGUCCUACAAAACAUCUUCUACUCAUCGUCUUUAUUCCCUCUUUGGAGACUGACUGACAAAAUUUUGCCAAGAAUUUCCUUUUUCUAUUUGUACUCAAAGAAAAUAAAUCACCCGUGAUAUUUUUUUACACAAGAGAUAUUUAUAUUUUUUAACAAAAGAAAACUAUGAUGGGUAAUUGCUGUUCAAGCUAUUUGAACGUUUGAUGAAACGUGACAUGUUUUAACCGAUUACGUGCUUAAGUUGUCAACAAGUAGGCAAACACAAGAUGAGUAAGGCUGGUGCUGUCGCCGGCCAUCUUAAGUUGCACUUUGUAUGUUUCUCAUCUUUAUUGAUAAGGAGUGGUGUCGAAACCCAGCAGAAAUACAUUUUCACUCCUUCACUUCUGAACCCGCUCUAUCAUGGCUGUUUGUUUGGUUAUGAUAAAUAAACCAGUGGGUUAGUCCCCCUGCAGGUUUGUUUGUGUAAAGCAGCUGACAUCAGUGAUGUCCUGUAUUAUAACUCAUCAUGUAGAAGAUCGCUGUAUUUUUGGAUUCUCAUGGUCAGUGCUUUGCUCAACGCUUUGUUUUUACUAGACAGAAUGUCCGUGAUUUUUAAUGUAAAGUUUGUAUAGAUUUCUUACCUUGAGCAGUUGGUACAUUUUUUAUAACUGUCUGUCCAUCUUUGUAUUUUCUGGUCUUCCUUGUAGGCUGUGCUUUUUGUUGAGAUGGAUGUUAAUAAAAAAAGUAGCCAUUCCUUUUUCCCUCUCUGUUCAGCAGCACUUCCCAUUCCUGAGUGAUCCUGCUCAAUCUGAAAUGUUUUUCAUCUUUUGUGCGUAUAAAAAAAAGCCACACAUUGUGGUCGAGUGUGCUGCUUGCCUUCGGUUUAAAACCUCUGCUGACUCCAAGUGCUUAGUUCCAACCACUAUUUACUGUCUCUUCAGUAAGUGGCUACAGAGCCGUGGAUUUCCAGCUGUCUAACAGAACAGGUUGACGUGGGCUUGUGAGCUGGAAGACCUUCAUUUGUUUUGGUACACAGUAGCUGUUCAGCUUAAUGCUUAAGUGUUUUACUUUGUACUCCAGCUUUGAACUUACAUUCACAAAUUUAAAGAUAAGUUUGUCUCAGAUAAUGUUGAUCCAUGUAGUCUUUUCUUUCCCUUUGUUGACCAUUUGUUUUUGUUUUUUUUCUCUGUAAAUGACGACAUGAAUAAAGUGUAUUCCAAGACUGGCUAUGAAUGGAAUUACAUUGGCUAUAUUUAAUAAAUGUAUUAAUGAGU